AUGGCUUCUAGGAAUCGCACACUUCACACCAUUUACGGCCAAUACCGUACUGCAGCGGCUAUCAGCAGGGCAGCUAAUGCCGAUUACAUCCCGUUGAACGGCGAUCGUAACAUCAAUGCCGUACACCCAAUUCCGAUUGACUGGCUGGACGAAGAGCUAUUGCCGAGCGAGCGCGAUCAAGUCCGCGAACAUGUUGCGUCUCUACUGAGUAGUCAGCGACGCCAAGUUCCCAGUUUCGUCGAGGCUUUACAGGGUACCAUGGAGAAUCUGAACACCAUCAGGAAUAGGGGUACAGCUACUCGCAGCAUUCCCGCACGUCGAUCUGGAGGCGAGACAAUCGAUCGUCUGGCGGACGACUUCGACACUUUGACCAUGGGACAAGCGCAUGGCAUCAACUCACCACCACGUAACGUGCGGUUUGCAGAGACGGUUCGGACAGAUCGUGUUUCCCGAGACCCUGCAAUCCCUGGUCCCUAUAGUCCACAGCCGUCCUCGCCGACUCCUCGAAGUAUCAUGCGCUCGCCCGGACAUUCUCGUGCGAACUCAGCCGAAGCGAUUUUGAGCCACGGAGCAUUACCUCCACGCGAUGCUCAAUUGCCCUCGCCCACCGACGGCUACAGUGAAGAACUCGCUGCACUAGAUGCACAACUCGACGAGAUUUACGCGGCUCUCAACAGCCAGCGUCGCAUCGAAGAUAAUGGGUCAUUAGAGCAGCGUUUUGAUAGCCUUGCGCAAGCUCGCUCCAUGAUUCGUCGCCUGAGAGGACUACGUCGUCUUAAUCAAAUGGACAUUGACACGGCUCGCGCGGCUGUACAAUCAGUGAUGACAAGCACUGCACGAAACGACACGCAGCGCGCUGCUCUCUCGAACGCUAAUAGUAGACCGGAACGCAUGGGUCGCGGGCUGCCUCAUCGUAAUCAUGAGAUGCGGAGGCCACGUCCAGAGAGCGGCUACGCCUAG